CAGCUUUGAUGUUUAACUUGCAGAAGACGGUUUCGUUCUUCUGACAAGAACCAUACUGUAGGAAGAGCAUUGUUUUUGGAUUCUAUAUACUUUUCUGUUGUUUGUUAGAGAGAUUAACAAACAUUAAACUAAUUCGAGUCAGCUUCACCUUAGUUUAAUACACGAGUGUGGAUUUAUAAUAACUUCUUUUGAAAGACGAUUGACCAUUUUUACGAGUUUCAUUUUCUUCCCUUUUUUUUCUCUGUUCAAGUGUGAAUUAACCGACGGAAAAUGUUGAUUGCUGCUUUGGGUCCUAACAUUCCGUUUCCCGCCUAUGGUGUGGGUACGGCAUUAUACAAAAAGGAUAACUCUAAAUUUCAGACAGAAACUGUAGAUUCCGUGAAAAAGGCUAUCGAAAAUGGAUUUACUCAUAUUGACUGCGCUGAGAUUUACGGAAAUGAGGAAGAAGUCGGUGCUGCCCUUAAAGAUCUCAAAGUACCACGCGAAAAAUUAUUCAUUACGUCAAAGGUUUCGCGCGGUAUUGAAGAUAUUCCAGCGGCCUUGAGCACUUCUCUCAAGAAACUUGGACUUGACUACCUAGAUCUUUACUUGCUUCAUGCUCCCAGGUUCUUUUAUGAGAAAAAGAUUCCCCUCUCGAAGGGCUGGGAAGCAAUGGAAACUGAACUUGGUCAAGGCCGACUUCAUGCUAUUGGUGUUUCAAAUUUCUACGUAGAGGAUCUGGAGAAAUUAAUGGAGACUGCCAAGAUACCCCCGCGCGUCAAUCAAAUAGAAUUCCAUCCUCAGGUUUUCACACGCUCAAAGUCUCUCCUUGAUUACUGUAGAAGCAAGAAUAUUCUUGUCGAAGGCUACAGUUCUCUUCGUCCCCUUACAAAGGAACCUGAAGGACCAGUUAGCAAACUUGCCAAGUCCCUUGCCGAGAAAUACAAUGUUUCCGAUUCUUUGAUACUGUUAGCUUGGUCCAGUAGCCAAGGUGUUGCCCCCGUUACCACUACAUCCAAAGUAGAACGCAUGAAGGACUAUCUGACUUACAAGACGGUAAAGCUUGAACAAGCAGACAUAGAUGCUCUCACCGAAGCUGGAGAAGAAUCCAGUAGACCAUUACUAUAUCUUUAGACGAUUGUGAUUGAUUAACUAUUCCCUUGAUUUGCUGCAAGUGACAUUGCUCUUCUGAUUUAAUUUUCUGAAUGUUUAUUUUAUGCUGAUUUUGAACAAUAUAAUGAAAUGAAUCUUAUUAUGCCCUUACUUUAUUCAAUCAGCGCCUUCCAAUCGCUUCAUGUAACGUAGCUAAUUGUUUUAUAUUGCUUUACUGGAACAUCUAUUUGCU